AUGACACAAAGAAAGAGGUCACUCACAACAUCGCCACGAGUUUCCAAGCUGUCUCGCAAAAACUCACAAGGAGAACAAAGCUAUGCUUCAAAAGCAGCUGAAGUUUGGGAGGCUGUUGGUGCUUGUGCCGCUACAAUGGGUAUACACGCAAUUGCCAUCAAGCUGUAUGAUCUGUGUCUAAAUUACAAUCCAACUUCAAUCAAGGCUCUUAUUGGAUGGAGCAGGCUGCUUAGGCUUAACGACAUAUCUUUAAACGAGACCAUAGGCUCCCAAACCGCCUUGAGAAGAUUGAGUGAGGCUACUGAUCGUUUUGGUGAGCUAGCUAAAAGCUACGAGGUAUACAGAGAACUUACUGAGAGCUACUUGCUCUUGGGUUUAACAGACCAAGCUCAUCAAACCAUACAGCAUGCAAUUGCUCUCAACUCUGAUAUUUCCGAGUUGCACUUACUUCUUGGCCAAACUUUGAUUAGAGCAGGACAUCGGGUUCAGGCAGCAGCGGCUUUGAAGAGGGCCUUGGAACUCUUGCCAUCUGCCAUUUCUGAUUACCUGGGUGAAGAUGUCGAAGUUGCUCGUAAUAGCCAUGCUGAACUAGCAGCAAUUGCUGCCGCUGAUGGUCUCUUUGAUGUCUCAAUCGAAGAAUUAAAAAUGACCUUACAAUUACCACCUCCACCACUUGCAAGACUCAAUGAAUAUGUUGCUCUUUGGUGUGCUUUAUCAACUGCAUUAGAAAGAGCAGGACGUAUUCAAGAAGCUUUGGAGGCUUGCGAACGUGCAGAAUUAGCGGUUGGUGUACUGCCUCGAAUCCUCAUUACACAUGCCUAUUUACUUCUUCUCGAAGAGGACAAAGAUAAAGCCUUCGAGGCUGUCCGUCUUCUUAACAGAGUGGUUGAUCUUGAGCAGCAGGAGAGUGCCCAUUCUAAACCAAAAGAAGGGCAGCCGCAUAAGAAGGAUGUAGGAGAAGAUGCUUCGGGUGAUUUUUUACCUUGGUGUCUCUUAGGUAAAGCGUACACCCUCCUAUAUGCCCCACGUGCUGCCUACGACUCCUACCAAAUUGCCUUGAGGCGCGCCAGUCUGCUGCCUAUCACCUGGUUAGCUGUUGGAAAGCUAUAUUUGGAGUUGAAACAACUUCCAGAUGCUUUAGCGGCUUAUUCUCAGGCAUUGCGUUUGCAAUUGAACGAAGAUCUGCCAGGAACCGCCGCUGCUUGGGAUGGUUUAAGCUGUGUUUACGAACGUUGUGAUCAACAACUUACGGAUGCUGCUGACUCUUGCUCGCGUGCGUCAUUGUGUUUUGCCGCAUACGGAGAUUCUGAUUCAGCAGCAGAGUAUGAGGAAAGAGCCAAACUGUUGAAAGAUGCAGCCGAAGGCAAAGGACCAAUUCCACCAUUGAAGACCCCAAUGGGCGUUCCAAAUUAUUUCUUGCGGGAAUUGGUUACCUUGUUGCCAAGUGAACGUAUUGCCAUCAUUCAACAAGCAAAAGACAAAGCUAAGGCUGAAGAGGUUGCUAAUGCCAAUCCCGCAGUAGCUGGAAAUACUACGACAAGUGCUAGCCCUUCUACUAACAUGGUGAGUACGCAAAAUGUUAAUGGAAAUGCAGCACCAAUUGGCACUCCAAACGGAAGUCAUCCUACCACUGUGGGUAGUGCAGCACCCGAAGAAUAUAACAGUGGCCGCCAGAACCAUGCAGAUACGGUACCGAAUGUACCGGCUUCUCAACCACAGCCUCAAUACGUUAAUUUACCUUCCCAACCGCACUCGCUUCCUGGUGCUCAAGGGGUAUACGGACAUUACAAACCAAAUGAAAAGCUGCCAAUCCAAAUGGCUCAUAACUUCCCCCCGGGACGUCAAGUCUGGCCUGGUCAAGAACAUUUAGGAAACCAACCUCAUUUACUACACGGUCCCCCACCAUUGAAUUCUCAGUUCGGUCCACCUCCCGCUGGGAUGUAUCCCCCCGGACAAUACGGACCUCCGAGACAAUCUAUGGGAAUGCCUCAAAUGCCUAGUGAAGGAUAUCCUGUCGCAGGUCCCCAUGGAUAUGUUUAUGGCCAAUACAUGCCUGUUCCAGGUGGUAUGUUGGCUCAAGUCCAACCAUACAAUUGGAGAAGGUAA